AUGUCAAGAAUUAACCAACCAUCAUUAAGCCAAUUCACCACCCAACAACUCCUCUCUGAACUCCAAAAAAGAAAAACCCAACAAUUAAUAGCCGUUUUUAACCAAGACAAGUUAACUAAUGGCACUAUCAAACUUAACCAACAAUUUUUAAAGAAAUUCAAAGUAGGUGAAAUCACUAGUCUGAAAUUAGAUCAGAAUAUUUUGUGCUUAAUUACUGAAAAAGAUACUCUUGCCAACAAGUCAAAUGUAUUGAACGAAUAUUUAAUAAAUUUUGCCAAAAGUGCCAAGGCCAGAAACCCCAAACCAAAAAAUCUUAUGAAUUAUAAAUAUCUCAACUAUUUAAAAAUCAAAAAUCUAUCCCCCAAUACAAUAACCAUUUAUCGUUUGGCCCUCAACUAUUUUCACAACUCUCUCACUACGGAAAAUAUCACCAAAUUCAUUAAAAAAUUAGCCAAAAAUAAAGAACCUGCUACUUGUCAACUAUAUUUGGCUGCUCUUAUUUCUUAUAGCAAAUAUUUAAAAGGAUAUUUAUUUACUAAUCAGGGAGGACGGAAAAUUUUAACCGAUAAAGUUCGAGAAAUUAUUCGAGAACGAACCAAAUUAGCAGGCUUAAAAAAAUGGGUUAGCCCUCAUACUUUCAGAAGAAGUUUUGCUACUCUUUUAGACCGAAAAAGAGUGAGAAUGACUACCAUUCAAAAACUCCUGGGACAUAGUAAUUUAGAAACCACUUCCCAAUAUAUCCAUAACGAUUACGAGAGUUUGUAUGCUGAUUAUAAAGCAUUAAACCAAAAACGACGAGAAAAGAGGAGGUUAGCCAAAUUGGGGUUAGCCACUUCCCAGGUUAGCCAGGUUGAGCCAUUAGAGGUUGGCCAAAAUAAUCAGGUUGAGCCAAAAAUGGCAAACCUAACGGCAAACCCAAAAGAGGUUAGCCAUGGCAAACCCGAGAAUGGCAAACCUGAAAGCAAAAACGUCGGACCCUGCUCCCAUUGCCCUGAAUUAGAAAGGCAGAUAAAAGAAUUACAAAAGCCUAUCAAUCCUGCUAUUGAAUUAUGGAAAAAGAGAUAUUUUGAUUUACAAAAAGAAUUUUACCAAAAAGGAACCGAACAAGCCGAGACUAUUAAUCGUUUAAAAGAAAAAUUACGAGAAAAGAACAAGGAAAGACAGCAACUAAUCCAAAAAAUCGACCAAAGAGAAAUCCAACAACUUAAUUAUGAGGAUUACAAAAAAAGAUUACGGCAAGAAAAAGAACAAUUAAAAAACAAGCAAAUUAUUGAGAGGGGAGAAAUAGAAAAAUAUUUAGUCCAAAAAUUAGGAACACCAAAUAAUCAACUCUCCUCUAACUGUUUGCAAGAACUCACUAAAAAAAUUAUUUCUUACUACACUGAAACCCAACCCCAACACUAUUCAAUUUAUUCUUUGGUCGGCUCUUUAACCUCUCCCGAACAAAUCAUCGAAAAGCAAUUUAAGGAAGGAAAAAGAAUGGGCCAGACUUAUUAUGUCUUAAAAGUAGGGACGGAGAAAUUACAGGCUCUCCAAGAAAAUUUAGACCCUAAUAAAUGA